CAAUAAUUUCACUCUUCUCCUCGGCUGCUUCUUCUCCGGUGUUCCUCCCUUUUCGAGUUGUGCGUCUCCAGAGUGACAACUCUAAUUACGUAGGCCUCUUGAAAUCGGUUGCAGUGUAACGUCUGCCUCUGUGGGUAUGGUCUCAAUUUUAAAAUAACUCGGCACAAGCAGCUUAAAAUCUAGAGGAUUCCAUGGCAGGCAAUGGCCUGCCAGCUCUGGGUCGUGUGAAGCUUAGUGAUUUGGUACCAUUGGAAGGUCUUCCUUCUGAUUCGUAUAAAUUAUCGGUCUCAACUUUGUCACAGUCAUUGGCUCAGUAUUCAGCUGCCAUUAUCCAGCUGUCCACGAGUGAUGGAGCUCUUUUAAGGUCUAGUCUAGAGUCUGCCCGACUUUACUUUCAACACAAACCCUCUUAUCCUCCUGUGGAUGUUAUUCAUUCUGAUGAUUCUCGUGACUGGUGUAAGACCUCUGGUUACCAUGCUGAUCCUCAACAAUGGCAAGAAACUUAUGAUUUCAGGCCAGGGCUCACUCCUACGGAACCCAUCAGUGAUAUUGAAUUCCCUCCUGCUGCUUUGUCUGACAUAUUCUCUUUGCUUGGAAGAGCAGCAAGAGAUAUAUUGGACGCCAUCAGCUUCUAUUUAAAUCUGCGUAGCUCUCCAUUUACUGAAAUACUUGAUAAUGUUCCCCUCAGAAACCGAGAAAUAUCAUCCUCUGUAUUAUCCGUCUGUUGUCAUGCCAGGCCAUCUUUUCAGCACCAUGGCCUGACAACACAAGAGGAUGGUCAGUUAGGGAUGUUUUCAGAUCAUGAACAUCAGGUUGACAGAAGCCUUGUUACAAUUGUUAAGUCGGAUAAGCCUGGUUUACAUGUGAGAGAUUUUCAUGGUCACUGGGUUCUUGUGGAUGGUGAUCUUGGCCCCCAUGAAGCAAUAGUUUAUCCUGGCCUUGCUUUAUAUCAGGCAACUGCAGGAUAUAUCAGCCCUGCACUUCAUCGGACAGACAUUGGUAAUCAGCAGGGUAGCAUAUAUGGACGAUGCUCCCUUUCUUUUAAACUUAUGCCCAAGUCCAUGAGCAACCUCAAUUGCUCAGAGAUGCGCGCUGCUGGUCAUGGGGUUGAAGCUCAAUUCCAGCUUCCCGUACCAGUUGAUGACUUCAUGCAGAGAUCAACUGAUCAGUUGCUUAACAGGAGCAAUUUCCCAACAUUCAACUUUCCGACAGCCCAAGAUGGAUCUAUGAAGCCCAUGAUGAGGAGGAGGAAGAGUAACUCAAGAUCUAAACCUCUUCCACCUUCAAAGAGGUUGAGAUUGGAAGCACAAAGAGUUCUCAAAGAGAGAGUUCAAGACAUAGCUGAUAAAAAGGGCAUCAAGCUGAGGUUCUGCACCUUAAAGGAUUGUGAAAGUCACAUCCAGUCACUUGAUAGCCCGUGUACAAACAUAAGAAUGGAAAUUGGAUGGCCACCGGGAGUUCCAUUUGUUCACCCACAUGAUCUCCCAAAUAAGGCUAAGAUUGGAUUUCUUGAAACAUAUGAACCUGGUUGGUCUGCAACUCAUGAUAUGGAGUUGAGCCCAAUCGAUCCCGGACAGCCAAGUCAACACACUGCUAACUGUAACUAUCAUUCCCCUAAUCAGCGUUGCUUUUCUGCAUCAGUAUCUAUAUUAAAGCGGAAUCUAUAUCGGUAUCAGAAUGCUGCUUGAUGAGCGCUUGGAUUCUUUGGACCAAUAUUUGGCUGCUUUAGUUACGCUUGUCUCAUGCAGAUCUUGCUAAUUGUAUACGAAUUUCAAUUAAGAUGUGAAGGCACAAUGAGCUGUUCCUUUGUUUAUCCUAAUCGCUGUCCCUGUACAUAUUAGUUUGUAAAAUUUUGAUGAAAUAUUAGUUUUAAAUUCCGAAUGUGCUUGUAGUUUUCUCAGCUUUCAUUCUCUUAGCUCUCGUGGAGCAUUUUAUGUUGGCCAAAGAGUUUGAAUUUAUAUAGUGGUUGGACCUUAUCAGCAA